AUGGGUUUCUUUCGAAUCGACCUUCUUGCUCUAUGGCUUCUCUUACUCCGUAUGGCGAUAGCCGUCGCCCCAGUACCAACCAAAGACGGAUAUUGUUUCAAAUACAUCAUCCAGGGUUAUGAUACCUGCGCACGGAUUGCCAAAGCACACGAUAUCACCGAAGCCGACAUCGAAAGCUUCAAUAAAAACACCUGGGCAUGGCUCGGAUGCAGACAGCUCUACCAGGGUGACUUUAUCUGUCUCAGCGCCGGCAAACCUCCAAUGCCAAUGGCUCUUCCUCAAGCCACCUGCGGUCCACAAGUUCCUGGAACAACACGUCCAGCCAAAUGGGCCGACCUCGCCGGCAUGAACCCAUGUCCUGAUUCGAAAUGCUGUGCUUUCUGGGGCCAAUGCGGUGUCUCCGAUCUAUAUUGCCAAAAUUACCGUGCACCGACAGCCGGCCCUACAGCCACCGUGAAAGGAGCGACAGAGGCUCCGAAAUCAAACCCUACUGGUAAUGCAAAGGGAACCGGGGACAAGGAAUCUCCCAACAAAGACACGGGCUCAAAAUCUACCAAAUCCGACUCCAAAUCCAACACUACCAAAGACAACACUAACAAGGCUACGAAAAUCACAACAACCACCAAAAAACCAACUACCACAAAAGCAAAAUCAGCCCCGGAACCAAGCGUGUCCCAAUACGAAUGGAAAGCACCGUGGGAAAUCACGAUAUACAGCAAAGCCGGCUGCGAGGGUGACUACUAUCACCUCGAGGGCUAUAACAAAGAAUUCCUCGAUGACAAGGGCUGUCUGGCACUCCAGGGUGGUAUAAACAGUAAGUUCACCGAGACGGGCGUGACGUGUAAAUGGUGGACGGAGGAUGGGUUUACGUGGAGUGGUUGUGAUACGAGUAAGCUGAAGAAACCUGAAUCGUGGGUUCUUAAGAAUGGGUAUUGUGGUAUCUUCACUAAGGCUGAUUGCGAUUGCUUUGACAACUGGGAGAUGUAUUAUAAGUCGGAAGGAUGUCAUAAUAGGACGGGCAUUGAUCCGCCUACUUUUGCUGCUUUGCAGUGUUCGAUUAAUGGACACCAAUAA